AAAAAAAAAAGUUGCUGACUGUUCAGCCACAAAAAGCUCAAACCCUUGUUAAAUACAGGAAGUGCUGAUAUCAACCGCCUCUCUUCCUUUCUGCAGCUGCCACACUUUCUGGUGGAUGAAGACUCGUCUCAGCCCAUCUGGACUCCUGACAGGCUUCCUGCUGCUCCAGCUUCAGAGUCCACAUCACGGUGAGCCGUGAGGAGCUUCAUGUCCUGUGAUGGGAAGCUGCAGCGACAUGUCUUCUUCACCGUACAGAUGCAGGUAUGUCAGCUGGUGUGUGGACACUGAAGAGACAACAGCUCCUACAACUGCAGCUCCAACUGAAGCAGACUCACAAGAUUUUUCUAAUAAAAAUCUGCAGCCGACUGGAUCGGGUUUGAUCCCACUUCUUCUGUCAGCAGGAGAAAAUGGUGAAAGAGACGAGAAGACAACAUUCAAGCAUCCAUGUCCACUGGCAUCUUUCUCAAAAAGGAAAUUUCGGAAAGCUCUCAGACGUUCACAUCACUGCCUGUCAAACCCAAAGACCAGCUCUGCUUUCCACAAUGCUGAAAAAUUCACUAAAAGUCACAGCGAGGCAGGUGAGGAUGAUGUUAUCAUCCUGAAAACCCACAAAGAGAACCCGAAACAGCCCGAGAACAACACACCUAGCGGAGAGGAAGUGUCUGCUCUUCAUCCUGAGGAUGGAAAAUACCCGUUACUCAGGAGCAGUCCGAUCAUCUCCAGACACCACCGACCCAUCUCCUGGCUUAGAGGAGGAACCGAUCCUCCUAAUCCAUCAAGCUCAGACUCUCCAUCCCUUUCCUCUGGUUCACCGCCUCAUGAUCAGCAUGGAUGUCUAACAGCCACCAGUUUGAGCGACCAGGAAUCCAAACCAACCUCCUGUCUGACCUCAUUUCCAGUCCAGGUGGAUGAGAAGCAGAGCUGCGUUUCUCUGUCAUCAAGUCUGAACAGCCUCCAAAGUCCUCACAACCUUCCCAAUAGAUGUCAGCAGGGACAGGCCAAGGAGUACAGAGGGCAGAGCCUGAAUAGCUCCAACACCCCUCCAACGCCAGCCUCAUGGAAAGAGAGAAGUUGCACAAGUUUCCCAGAUUUCCCUGCAGACAUCUUCAAAACCAGCUGUGAGCUGGAAAAGGAGAAUGCUCAUUUUGUUGUGGUGGACAUGGUGCUGGAGGUGCUGGAAGGUGUGAAGUGGACUCUGAGCUUUGACCAACAGACCUCCACGAUGGAGAGAUGGAAACACACAGACUGCAUGAUGCGCACACAGAGAAGCACAAGCUCUCCGCAGGGCAGUCCGCCAUGUAAACCACACAGACCAGAACAGGACAGCAGCACAGCUGAUCCUAAAGCAAUGAAUAACAAGCACAGACUUUCACAUGAACACACCAGAAUGACACACACGGACACAAACUUAUCACAUGGAAAUCAACACACUCAGGGUAGAGAAGAUGAGGAAUCAGGGACUGAAGAGGCGGAACAUCAAAUGAAGAGUCUUUCUUUUCUAUCCACUGACAGCGGCUUUGAAGAUUGUGCACUUGACACAACACUGACAACAACAGAUUCCCUGAAAAAUGCAGAGUGGUUUGCCCAGCAGCUGGUGUCAGAGUUCAAAAAGAGUUGGCUUCCUCCACAAGAGCUUCGGCGGGGUCGGCUAAGCCUCCGCAGCUCACUUCAAGAGCUGCCAGGUACCGGAGGUGUGGUGGUGAGCAGCAGCAGCCUGACGGAGGAGAUCCGACUCAGGACCAGGAUGAGAGGAUCUUUGAAUUGGGCACCGCCACGUUUCCAGAUCAUCUUCACCGCUCACCCAACACACAGACGCAGUGAGGUGGUGGCUUUGCAACACUUUCUGUGUGCCGGCUGUGGGACAGAAGUAGAGCCCAGAUACAUCAAGAAACUCCGGUACUGUGAAUACCUUGGCAGGUAUUUCUGCGACUGCUGCCACAGCGGCUCGGAGGCUGUCAUUCCUGGUCGAGUUCUGACCUGUUGGGACUUCAGCAGGUACUCUGUGAGUGAUUUCUCCAAACAGCUGCUGGACUCGGUGUGGCAUCAGCCUCUGUUCAACCUGACCUCUGUGGGCAAGAAGCUGCGCAGCAGAGUCAAAGAGCUGGACAAGUUCAGCGAGAUGCAGGAGCAUCUGAUGGGAAUCAAGAAGCUGCUGAAAGCCUGCAGAUUAUCAGACAGAGUGUUGGCUGAGCUCGAGCAGCUUCCUGUUCACCUGAUGGAGCAGCCACUCGUCUUCUCCAUGGAUGACCUGCUGAGGAUAAAGAAGGGUCAGCUGGUGGUGCAGUUCCGAACAGUGCUGCAAUCUGCCAUCCAUCAUAUUGAAAAGUGCGAGCUCUGUAUGGCCCGAGGUUUCAUCUGCGAGUUUUGUCAUGAAAGAGACAUCAUCUUUCCUUUUCAGAAGGACAUUUGUAAGCGCUGUGUAGUGUGCAGGGCAUGCUUCCAUAAAAACUGUUUUGCUGAGAAAAAGUGUCCAAAAUGUGCACGGAUCCAGUCACGGAAAAAAGCCCACCUUCAUCCAUGAUAUGUGAGCUCUGAGCAGCUGCAGCUCAGCACCACCAUGUUUUAUUUAACACUGAAUCUACGUCUGUUACUUUUAUAAACAGAGGAACACUUAACAUGUUUACUUUUAUACUUAAACCAUCACUGAGCUAAAAUGUCAUGGUUUAUAUUCUUGAUAUUAAAAGACAUUCUUACCCCAA